AUGCUGCCCAUAUACAAACCUUCCAAAGACGAUAUAAUCAGGGUAUAUGGUUCAGUAACUAAUAUCACAAAAGACGAUAUAUGUGAGGUAUCAGCAUACAGAUGCCAAAACACACAUUAUAAUACCAAGUCGCUCCCGAAAAAUUCCACUCAUUUAAUCUGCCUGGGUACUUUAAAAGAUCAACCUCAAGUGCAAGAAGACUAUUGGAACAUUAAUAUAACGUCCAAACAAUUUGUUGGAAAGGAUUCAGGCGGUCUGAAAUGGUUCGAUACCGAUAUUUUUUGUUCCCAUCAUAUGAACAUUUCAAGGCUUACGGGCAGAAGUUCAUCAGCAAAGAAAGGCUCGAAACUAAUAAUAACUGGGGAAUUGGAGAUCAGCGAAGGCCAGUUAUAUUGUGACGUCCAUCACUUCGAAUUCGUUUCUCAAUUAGGGUCAAAAAACGAAAGCAUAAAGAGAGAUCCGGCAAUUUGGAUCGAAGAUGACGAGGACGAAAAAACCGAUUUUAAUUCACCAUCGCGUAGACGUAAAAAAGUGAAACAAGAAGAACCCACUACGUCUCAAGUUAUAAUUCCGUCACUGUCACAAAUGCAACCACCAUCUCCAGCCACUUUAGUUUCAGACAGCUCUCCCUCCACUCCAACUGAGUCUACACCUCCAUCAAGCGAAAAAAAAACUCCGUCAAGAAGACGGCCAUCGCGGCGUCGCGCUUGA